AUGGUGGCAUGUGGACAGGACCACAGUCUCUUCCUCACUGACGAAGGCAAAGUCUACUCUUGUGGUUGGGGAGCAGACGGACAGACAGGCCUGGGGCACCAGGGCAGCACUCCCGUCCGUGCAGCUGGGGGGGGAGUGGAGGGGGUGAGGGUGCAGCAGAUCAGCACAUACGCAGACUGCAGCCUCGCCCUGUCCCAGGAUGGACAGCUCUACGGCUGGGGCAACUCCGAGUACCUGCAACUGGCCAUAGCCACGGACCACGCACAGGUGAACUCCCCCCGCAGACUGCCCCUCUCUGGCUGUGGCAGGGUAGUGCAGGCGGCGUGUGGAGGAUCUCAGGUGGCUGUGCUCAACGACCAGGGGGAGGUGUUCGUCUGGGGCUAUGGCAUUCUGGGUAAGGGCCCCCGUCUGUCUGAGAGCGCGGUCCCGGAGCAGAUCCCUCCUUCUCUGUUCGGAAAGAGCGACUUUAACCCUUCAGCCGCCGUCACCAAGAUCCGCUGCGGACUGAGCCACUUCGCAGCCGUCACAGAUCGAGGAGAGCUGUUCGUGUGGGGCAAGAACAUCAGGGGCUGUCUGGGCAUCGGCUCCAGGGACGACCAGUACUUCCCCUGGAGGGUGACUGUGCCGGGGCUGGUGGUGGAUGUGGCAUGUGGAGUCGACCACAUGGUGGCGCUGGUCAAGUCUUUGAUCUGA